AGCUUCGCUACUGGACUCUUGGCACGGUCGAGCCGCAGUUCGCUCUGAGCUGUCACCGUCCUCGGUCCUCCAUAGGCUUGUAACAUACAGAGAAUACAAUUAUGAGCGAGUUCGAUGCUUUAUAGUGUUGUGAGAGCAAAUGAGGGACAAUUGGUUACGGCAAAGAUGAGUUGUCAACGCAAUUCCAAUAGAAUUACAGUACCAGAUGAUCUAAGGGAAAUUCUUCUGGAGUUCACAAUUAGCUAUCUUCUUCAACAGCCUGGAGAUAUUAUUGAUUACGCUCUGGAAUUCUUCACUAGACUCAGAGAGAAUCGACAGAACCAACUAAUUCAGUCAGGACAAACGUGUACUUCCACACCUGAUGAAUCUGUUGAUGAAGAACCACCGGUCGCCAAGUUCGCCUCCAGGAGGAAGAGCGUCUUCGCGGAAACAUACAAUCCCGAAGACGACGAGGAGGAGGAUGGUGUUAAGAGCGUCCAUCCAAAGAGCGACGAACAGCGACAACGGCUCGGCGAGAGCGUCAGAAACAUUCUCCUCUUCCGCUCUUUAGAUAAGGAACAAAUGGCAGGUGUGCUAGAUGCGAUGUUUGAGAAGACUGUUCAAAGUGGAGAAUUCAUUAUCCGGCAAGGUGACGAUGGCGACAAUUUCUACGUCAUCGAAAAAGGCAGAUUCGAGGUACACGUAAAAGACACGUUGAUUCAUACGUACGAUAACAGCGGGGCAUUCGGCGAAUUGGCUCUUUUGUAUAACAUGCCUCGAGCUGCCACGGUCAAAGCUAUCUCACCAGGCACCCUGUGGGCCAUGGACAGACAGACUUUCCGACGCAUUCUUCUCAAGUCCGCCUACAAGAAGCGCAAGAUGUACGAGGAUCUCAUCAACAAAGUUCCCAUGCUCAAAUCCCUCGAGCCCUACGAGCGGAUGAAUCUUGCCGACGCUCUUAUUCCGAAGCACUUCUCGGACGGCCAGCAAAUUAUCAAACAGGGUGAUAUAGCAGAUGGAAUGUAUUUUGUCGAACAGGGUGUCGUUAGAAUUACGAUUGUUGGUGAUAAUGGCAAGGAAGUCGAGGUAAAUCGUAUACCGGCUGGUGGUUACUUGGGUGAACUUGCGCUUGUCACUCACAAACCUCGAGCAGCUUCUGCAUACGCCGUAGGCUCUGUGAAUUUAGCCUUCUUGGACGUUGAAGCAUUUGAGCGUUUGCUAGGCCCUUGCAUGGAGCUGAUGAAGCGUAACAUAGAUGAUUACGAAGAUCAAUUAAUCAAAAUAUUUGGCAGCAAAACCGAGAUAUCCGACAUCCGAUGAAUCGAUGCGCGCGAUGUAAUCCGUAAAAAUCGCUGUAUGAGAGAACAACACAUAACAACAAAUAUCAGAUCCCACAGCGAGGCACAAACUCUAAACUAUCCGUUUGUGAAUCUUCAUCCACGUACUUUAAGAGUCUUUUUAAGGCGAAGAUCUUAUGACUGUCCACUAGACAUUGUAUGAUUCUAUCAUUAGUAGCUGCAGCAUUUACACCUACUAUUAAUGAAUAUCCAAGAAAACUAACAUAACAAAAAAAGCAAAACAAAAAAAAAGAAUAAUAAUAACGCAGACAAAAACAACACACAGUCCUUAAUAUGUACGACACGCCAUGAGAAUAUCUGUAAAGACUGUAUUAGAUUGGAAAGUAUUACAGUUUUUGUAAGAUCGAAGCUUCGCAUCACGGAUAUCUAAGUUUGAUUUUUUAAUUAAGUUGUUAGUGCCAUCGUCAUUAUUGACUUAUUGUAAAGCCUUUGUUGUUGCAAUUGAAUUUUUGUCAUUUUUAAAUCGAAACCAAGAUAGAGAAGGAAAGAAAAAGAGAAAACAGAAGAGAGAGAGAGAGAGAGAGCGAGAGCGAGAGAGAGAGAGAGAGAGAGAGAGAGAGAGAGAGAGAGAGAGAGAGAGAGAGAGAGAAAGAGAGAGAGACAAAGACAAAGACAAAGACAAAGACAAAGACAAAGACAAAGACAAAGACAAAUAGGAGUCCAAUAGGUUGAAAAACCGUAGUAGAGCAAUUAUAAUUUUGAUUGAAAUCGGUGCUAAACUGUUCCAAGAAGAGACGCAUCUAGCGAGCCGCUGACAGAACUUUGAUUUUUCCGUAGUAGAAGAGCCCCAAGGAACACUUGUUAUCGAAAGUAAGAUUUCUGAAAAGAAAAAAUAAAUUGCCAUGGUUUAUGUGACAAAACCAAAACAAUUGAGUUCAUGGCAGGGCCAAAACCAGUGAUAUAGCACUGAACAUAUCAGUUGCCUGCUUCAUCGUGUCUUCUACCUUCGAUUUCCUAUUCUAUCUGUUACAUGUAUC